CUAUUACGACGAUUCAUCCAACAGCUCUUGUAUAAAAGCAGCAUGAAGGCAAAAGUGUAGUGCCAAGAACCGACAUCGAAUCUAUUGUCUUUGCGCGUAUCACCAUCAUGGCUGAACAAGCUGACAAAAAUGACAAAAAUGCUACGGAAUGCACCUUUCCACCUGGAAGCAGGCGCGUGGAAUAUGAAGAUCUAGAUCCUGCCCAAAAAGAACUCGAACAUAUCUUGGCGACCAUGAAACAUGACCCAACGGGCAUGGGCAUAAGCCAUCUCGGCCGAGACGGAAUCUAUCGGUCCCUCACCGCUGAUCGCGAUGUUGUCGACGCCGUUCCUUUUCCACCGCCUCUUAUCAAAGCAAUUCUUGAUCACUUUCCAUACAGCGAAGAAGCCGUGAAGGUAUUUCGCGGGGUUGAUGGGACAAAGACACCAAAAGAGCAGUGGUACGAGCCUUUGACAGGAAUCAUGCCUCCCCCUCUCGAGGAAGAACAUCGUGAGAAAGCGAAAGAGGAGCAGGACGAGUAUAGGAAAUGGUAUGAGGAGAGGAGGAAAAAGGUUGAAGCGGGCAUUUUUGUGAGGAGAGCGGUUUGUUUGAUGUCCGAUCAUGAUCUCUGCCCAGAGGCUAUGAGUACAAAGUAAAGGAGACAUCAAAGAUUGGCUGAACGGUGUAGUAAGAGGACAACAAAUAUUUCGAGGCAGCCAAAGGAAAGAGACUUCACCCAGAACUUGCUUUUGUACCC